AUGACCAGCCGCAGGAAAUCAGCCUGCUGCUCCGAUCUGGUGUUCCUGGUGGCCUGCUGGGCUGUAGGAUUUGAAGUCUGCCUGUGUAAGGUGGCAAUUUUGCCUUGGUGCACCCGUGAUUUGGUAAAUUUCCUGAAUUCGUGUGCAAUUGUAAAUUGUAGAAGAACAAAGGCAAAGUUUGACCACAUGGAUCCCGACAGCAAGGUUUCACGGGAUCUUUCCAAGUUCUCGUCUUGUAAUCUAGAUCAUGGUGUAAAUGUUCCAGCAAGCGUUCUUGGCCCGGUGGAGUACCCAUACUACCUCCAUCAGCCACCAUGCCUGGGCUGCGCCUCGGACUCCGCACCAAGACCAGCUCCCUGCUCUCCACCCCUUCUCCCGGGGCUGGUGCUGGGCAGAGGGAGCCGGGGACUGCGCAGGGUCCGUGCCGCGGGCGGCGGGCGGCACGGCGGCGCCGCCGGCCGAAUUCGGUUUGCGGAGAACCGCUGUCCUCGCAGACCCUCGGGCGCUGUGAUUUCGAAAAGCCAGGAUAGUCAAAGAUUGCUCCAAAGUGGCGAGAAAGCCGUUUUCCAGCGGUGCCCGCCUCGCUGGUGUGACCUGUUGGCCGCUUCGGCUUCUGCCCGGGAGAACAACUAUGCAGCCCUGAUACAGCAACAAAUCGAUGAGGACAAACGAAACUUGAGAGAAAAGACUGUCUAUGGAAUCCAGCUCACAGAAGAAAAACUUGAUGACUUCCGUGAUGAACAGAUUGGGCAGCUGAAGGAACUGAUGGACGAGGCUACCAAACCUCGUGAAAGAAUCACCAUUUCUAAAGACUUGGAACACAACACCUAA